AGGACAUGCAGUUUUGGUGGCUUUGAUCUAACUAAUCGUUCUUUGCAUGUUGGAAAUAAUGGUGGCCAAUUGCAGGACAAAGAAGGAGAAUUUAUCUACAAAGAAGUAAUCAAGUCUCCCACCACCCCACGCAUUUCACUUGGUAAAAAAGUGAAGUCUGUCAAGGAAACCAUGAGGAAAAGAAUGUCCAAAAAGUACACAAAUUCUGUGUCAGAACAGGACUCCAGCAUUGACGGAAUGCCAGGCUCACCUGAAUCCCCCCAACCCCCUACCAACACGCUUGAAAAACCUAAACUUAAAGCAGGCGGCUCUGUAGAAAGCCUUCGGAGCUCGCUAAGCGGGCAGAGUUCUAUGAGCGGUCAGACUGUAAGUACAACAGAUUCGUCCGCCAGCAACAGGGAAAGUGUCAAGUCUGAAGAUGGUGAUGAUGAGGAACCGCCUUACAGGGGGCCUUUCUGCGGUAGAGCAAGAGUUCACACAGAUUUCACACCAAGUCCUUAUGACUCAGAUUCUCUGAAACUCAAGAGAGGAGACAUUAUUGAUAUUAUAAGCAAGCCUCCCAUGGGCACUUGGAUGGGUCUAUUAAACAAUAAGGUUGGAACCUUUAAAUUUAUAUAUGUGGAUGUGAUAAAUGAAGUAGAGGAAAAACCAAAACGGCCCACAAGAAGGCGACGCAAGGGAAGACCACCAAAGCCCAAAUCGGUAGAAGAUCUUCUAGAUCGCAUCAAUUUAAAGGAGCACAUGCCAACUUUUCUGUUUAAUGGUUAUGAGGACCUAGACACCUUUAAGCUUCUUGAGGAAGAAGAUUUAGAAGAAUUGAAUAUUCAAAACCCUGAACACAAAGCAGUGCUACUUACAGCUAUUGAGCUGCUGCAAGAAUAUGACAGUAAUAGUGACCACUCUGGGUCUCAAGAAAAGCUUCUCACAGAAGGAGAAAGUAAAAGUGGGUGUUCUCCCCGAGACUCAGGCUGCUUUGAAAGCAAUGAGAACCUAGAGAAUGGUAAAUGUCAGAAGACCUCCCCUGUUUCUCCUGUGGAUGCAUCAAACCGUGACUUUAACAGAAAUUCAUUAAUUGAAUAUCCAAUGCAGUCAUUAUCUGUUUCCAAGGAAGUUACCAAGCUGGAAGAAAAUGAUGGAAAGCUUCAUGUUUCUGCUGGUUGUGUAAAGUCAGUUAAUAUCCCAGAAUCUAAAAUAAAUCGGAGAAGUAUGCCAAUUCCAGUUUGUAGGAGUUAUGAGAAAGAAGGAACCCCUACUUUAAAAAUUUGGACAAGAUCUCACUCUUUGGUCAAUCUGCAAGGGGACGACAAUGAAGAGCAGGAGGAUAACAAAAACGUAGCAAACCUUCCAAAAGACAGUGAAAAAGAUGGGUCUAAAGAUCUUAUUGUAAAAGAAACUGUUAGUGCACAUACCAGGCUUUCUUGUAAUGUGGAUACAUCUAUAAAGACUGAGUUUAAUGACCAGUAUGCUUCAAAAAGUAGCCAUGGACCUCAGGUUGUGUCUGUUUGUCCUAGAGAGACAAAAAUUCAAACAAAGAACCCUUCACAACCUCCUCCUGUUCCUGCUAAAAAAUGUAGAGAACGAUUUGCUAAUGGUUUGUAUCAUCCCCCUCUUUGUGCUUCUGUUUCAAAUUCAGAAGAAAUGUGUUUUCCAGUUACAAAAGUGCAACCUUUGAUCUCUGAAGACUGUUCUCCAUUGGCGUCUCCUGCAUCAGAAUGCAGUAGCCCAACAUCUCCAAGACCACCUUGGAUGUCCAACUCUUCAGAGACUUCUAGUAUCAUACAACAUGCUUUAAAACUGGGACCUGUAUCAGCAAGAAAGAUUUCUUCUGCCAGAGGAAUGGAUCAGGAGUUGCUGAUAGAAAACAAGUUGCAAUCUGAAGAAAUUGACCUUACAGAAGAACCAUAUUCAGAUAAGCAUGGUCGCUGGGGAAUUCCCGAAGCUUUAAUUGAACGAUAUGCAGAGGAUCUCAGCCAGUUGACAAAAGAAGUUGCGACUGUAAUGGACCAGAUUCGAGUUAGACACUUAAGGAAAUUGCAUCGUAUGGCAAUCCCAAGUGGAGGACUUACUGAAAUAUGCCGAAAGCCCAUUUGCCCGGGUCAGAUUUCUACUGUCACAGAUUGGCUUGUUUCUAUUGGACUACCUAUGUACAUCCGGCCAAUCACAGAGGCAGGAUUCACCGAACUAAGUAAAGUGCCUACUCUUUCAAAGACUCACUUACUGCAAGCUGGUAUAAAAGAGGAAAAGCAUAUUAACAAGCUCCUAAGUGCAGCAAGACUCGUUAAAAUGAUUACUCCAGAGGUUGUUUAAACCAAUUGCUUUUUCAGAGACCUGCUUCUGCUGUCCAAUCUUAAAAUAUGCGGGCUAAGAUCAAAAGCACAUGGAUUUCCUAACAAGAUAUCCUAAACUGACUUGAAUCUUCUAUAUGAUGACUCUAAGCAGUCUUACAUUGGACUUUCAGCUGCUUUGCUUGACUGAAAUGAUUGUACAUACUAAAUGUGUGUUGUGCAGCAAAUAGCAAAAAUGACAAACAAGUGCUUUGCCGUGUUGUACUGUUUAUCAUCAUUCCAACAGUGAGGGGCCAUAGCUACACAUAGCAACACAUGGAUUCAGCUAUCUAGCACCUCAACAUGACUAAUACCAUUGUGCUGUCUCAUUACUGAGAAUUCAGUAUUGUUUGGGGCUUCUUCAUAAUAACCAAAUUAUUUUGCCUUAAAACAUAUUUUAGUAUAAUGUGUAUAUUGUAUUGUUUUAUUACUGGUUGACCAUUUUUAAGUUUAUCAUCUGGCUUCCAGACAAAUGUAAUAUGCAAUAUGUGGGAUAUGUUUUCUGACUUCAAGGUUCAUUUAUAGCAAACACUAUUGGACUUAAGUACAAUUUUCAUCUUCUCCUGUUAGUGCUUCCUAAAAGGUCUCUGCCACACUAUCCAUAUCCUGCUAGUCAAAGACUAUAAGGUUAUUAAUUCAAUUCCAUUUAUUGGGCCUAUUCCAAAAAAGUGAUGAUUUUAAACCUUACCUGCGGUAUGAUUGAAAUAUAAGGUAAGACCAAAAACAUUGCUUUUCUCGGAUAUCUCACCAAUAUAUGGACUUUAAAUUAAAUAUCCAUAAUAGUGGAAAAAUGUACAUGCUUUAGUUGUUUUCUCUCUGGUAACUCAGCGAAUCUCUACAGCUCCUGAACAGUAUUUUAACUAUGUGUUUAACCCCUUUGUGUGGGUUAAACACAGCAUUGCAGAGUCACUAGUGAUUACAUUACAUGCUCUAACCAAUUAAAAACAUGUAUUUUUUCACAGUUUAGGGCCUAUUAAAACAUUGAUUGUU